AUGGCAGCACCAACAGAACGAUUUCACGUUUUGUCACAGCUUGAUCAUUUGCAGUCAAAAUAUACGGGGACUGGACAUGCAGAUACCACACGAUGGGAAUGGCUGGUAAAUCAGCAUCGUCAUCCAGAUCAUCUCAGUUUAAUAGCAAUAUGCGAGAACGAAUCCCGAGCCAGGGUACGCUUCAAUUUGUUGAAUCAGAUGAUUGCGCCUUGUGGACCACCGCCGGAAAAGUCUCCGCUUGAUGAUUGA